GAAGUGGGUGGAGCUUAGACUGACUGGGAAAUGUCAACCGAUUGACUGGGAGCGGGUUUUCCUUUUCCUAGAGCCCACUGGCCAUCGGGUGACACCGCCACGGUAGCCACGGACUGUGGGUCCCUGACCCCGGGAGGCUGCGGCGGACGCGAAGCUUCCGAGUCCCUUCCAGACGCUGUCUGGUGCGAUCGGACGUGAACAGAUAUGGUCCAGAACUAUACAUGAGUCACUUUGGUUGGAGAUCGUGAGCAUUCAAUAAUGAGUGGUGCAGCUUUAGGACUUGAGAUUGUUUUUGUCUUUUUCCUGGCAUUGUUCCUCCUUCAUCGAUAUGGAGACUUUAAGAAACAGCACAGACUUGUAAUCAUUGGAACACUGCUCGCUUGGUAUCUCUGCUUUCUUAUUGUCUUCAUACUGCCGUUGGACGUCAGCACGACAAUAUAUAACCGAUGCAGGCAUGCUGCUGCAAAUUCCAGCCCUCCUGAAAAUAACAAUGUUACAGGAACAUAUGCAUCUGUCACCCCGGCUCCAAGUCAGCAUCCAUGCUUCAAGCCAUGGAGUUACAUUCCGGAUGGAAUCAUGCCAAUUUUCUGGAGGGUAGUUUAUUGGACAUCACAGUUUUUAACAUGGAUCCUGUUACCUUUUAUGCAGUCGUAUGCAAGAUCUGGAGGGUUUUCCAUCACCGGGAAGAUAAAGACAGCCCUGAUUGAGAACGCAAUCUACUAUGGCACAUACUUGCUGAUAUUUGGAGCAUUUCUAAUUUAUGUAGCUGUAAACCCACGUUUGCAUUUAGAGUGGAAUCAACUUCAGACUAUUGGGAUAGCUGCUGCCAACACAUGGGGUCUGUUUCUCCUCGUGCUGUUGUUAGGGUAUGGCUUGGUGGAGAUUCCGAGGUCAUACUGGAAUGGAGCCAAGAAGGGCUACCUACUUAUGAAGACUUACUUUAAGGCAGCCAAGCUGAUGACAGAGAAAGCGGACGCAGAAGAGAAUUUAGAGGAUGUGAUGGAGGAGGUUCGUAAGGUAAAUGAAAGCAUCAAGUAUAACCACCCAUUAAGAAAAUGUGUUGAUACAAUACUUAAAAAGUGCCCUACAGAUUAUCAGGAAAAGAUGGGUAGGAAUAUGGAUGAUUAUGAAGAUUUUGAUGAGAAGCGUAAUUCCUACCCAAGUGAAAAAAGUUUGGUAAAAUUGCAUAAACAGGUGAUUUACUCAGUUCAAAGGCACCGUCGGACCCAAGUGCAGUGGCAGAUUCUUUUGGAGCAGGCAUUCUAUCUAGAAGAUGUGGCAAAGAAUGAAGCCAGUGCAACUCACCAGUUUGUGCACACCUUUCAGUCACCCGAGCCAGAAAACCGAUUUAUCCAGUAUUUUUAUAAUCCUACAGUUGAGUGGUACUGGGAAUGCCUUUUGCGUCCAUGGUUUCACAGGGUACUGGCGGUGGUUCUGUCCAUCUUCUCUGUGGUUGUGGUGUGGUCAGAGUGCACCUUCUUUAGCACAGCGCCCGUCUUGUCCCUCUUUGCGGUGUUCAUUCAACUGGCAGAAAGAACAUACAAUUAUAUUUAUAUUGAGAUUGCUUGCUUCCUUUCCAUCUUCUUCUUGAGUAUCUGUGUUUAUUCCACUGUGUUCAGGAUUCGCGUAUUUAACUAUUACUACUUGGCUUCACAUCAUCAGACGGAUGCUUACAGUCUUCUUUUCAGUGGCAUGUUGUUUUGCCGUUUGACUCCUCCUUUAUGUCUUAACUUCCUGGGAUUGACCCAUAUGGAUUCAUCCAUCUCCCACCAGAAUACCCAGCCAACUGCAUAUACAUCUAUCAUGGGGUCCAUGAAAGUCUUAUCCUUUAUUGCAGAUGGGUUCUAUAUAUAUUAUCCGAUGUUGGUGGUAAUCCUCUGCAUCGCUACAUAUUUUAGUUUGGGCACCCGUUGUUUGAAUCUGCUUGGUUUCCAGCAGUUCAUGGGAGAUAAUGAUAUGACAUCAGAUCUAGUUGAUGAAGGGAAAGAGUUAAUCAGACGAGAGAAAAGAAAAAGGCAAAGGCAAGAGGAAGGUGAGAAUCGAAGAAGGGAAUGGAAAGAACGUUAUGGACAAAACAGAGAGGAUUCCGCUAGGAACAGAAAUGUUCAUCCUGACCCUAAAGAGUCAAACUUCUCAGACACUACUACCAACUGGUCAUCCAAGUACACCAGAGCUAAUAACAGGACUGCACGAGACCGGGUAGAACUUCUCCAGGAUGCCGAACCUCUGGAUUUUAACGCAGAGACAUUCACUGAUGAUUCUCUGGAACCUGAGCCAGGAAGGUAUCAACCUGGUGGACGAUAUCUCUCUAUGUCUUCCAGCAUAAUAUUUGAAGAUAUCUAAAGUCUGAAGAAAUUCAUGGAUCAAGUAACCAAGGUCACCAAAUCAGCUCAGCCUUUUUGAAUAUUUUUGUGCCCUGCAAUUCCUCUGUACUCUAUGAAUAGUGUGAGGACAACAAAACAGAAGCCUUGAAAAUGGGUUAUAUCUUUAAAAUAUUAGGUUAUUGUUUAUUGAAUAGUGUAUCAUCUUUUCUGAUAGAUUUUAUUGCAUACUAUCCGAAGUGUCUGCCUUAGAAGUGUAGUUAAGUAGAAGGGUUUAAUUCAUGAUAAACAUAGAACUCAGUUGGAUUCAAGUUAAUUUUUUUUUAAGGAUAGUUAUUUUAAAGUCUAAGGAAGCCAUAAGUCAUACUAAAUAUUACAAUUUUAUAGCUAUAAUUUAAAUUCUUACUAUUUCUUAAAAAAAUAUGUUCAACCAACAUUUUUCAAAGAAGUGAGAGUGGAGUGAGACCUCAGACAAUUACCAUAUGUAUACAACUCAUGUCUUAAAACAAGGCUUACUGACAGAAAUAACUGAAUGUAACCAGCUCUUCUUCAGAUCUGUAUACAGAGUCAUGGGGCUUUGCAUGUAUAAUUCAGAUGAUUCUUCACUUGAUAGUGUUAAUGUCUUUAGCAUGUGUGUUCUAAUUGGGUGAUGUGUUAUUCUUUUCAGUCUUUGUAGUAACUAGGUCUUUUCAUGAUUUCAAUAUUAUUGCUUGAAAAUAAUUAUGAUUUCAGAGAAAAAUAUUCACCUUUACCGUUUAGCAUAUUAACUUGAUACUGAUCAUUCUAUCCAGGAAAAAUCCUACGUGUUAAUGGUGAAUAGGUUUUUUGUUUGUUUGUUUUAUACCUAAAAAGUUCUCUAAAAUCUCUGAUACUUAAAAGAUGUCUGCUAACACUCCUUUUAUAGAAAAUAUCUGUUUAUUCUAGCUAUUAAAAGGUAAAAAGAAAAAUAAUCCAUUUAUGAUUAUUGCUAACACUUAAAUUGUAGCUUAGAAAAAACCAGAACAAGGUAUUAGAACAGAAAUGUGUAGCAAUAAUUUGUUAUACAUGCUUAUUAUUUUAAAUUGGUUACUUCACCCUUUCCCUUUCAGCCAAAGUUGGGUAUUAUGUUUUACAGAGCCAAUGUUUUACUAUAAAGCAAAUGUGGUUGAGGACAGUGUGUUUGCAGGGACAUGGUCCUGACAUAUCUGUGUCUCUUACAGAAUCCAUUCUUCCUGGGGUGACCAGACUUGAGCUUGUCCAGGACAGUCUUGUACCUAUUUUUCUUGCAAUUAUUACUAGUGCUCAUGUGUUACUUUCUCAAUAUGUUGAAGACCUAGUUCUAUGUAGAUUCUGAAAGGAAGGAUGCAUCAUCCUCAUUAUCUUUUUUUUAAUGGUUGCAUAUUUUAUGACCUUUCAAAUAGAUCCCCCUUUUAAGUAAUUAUCAAUAGACAGGUUUACUCUGAAUUGAAGAUUGCAUCACCUGCUCAAUUCUAGAACACAUAUGCACGUAACCUUGUACUGUGAAAUGCGGUUAGAGAGCAGUUGACCAGAGCAGUGAUAAUGUAAUGCUGUUUAUAAUUUCAUGAUUGGUUCCUGGGAUACCUUGGGCAGAUCAUGGAGCCUUUCAGUGCCUCAGUUUCUUCAUUGGCAGAAUGAAGGACAUUUGCUACUUACCUACCGAUCUACCUCACGAAACUGUUGUGAGGGAGUUAAGUUGAUGAUUAUGUGCUGGCUUUAGAAAGACAAAGUGAGUUGUCUGCUGUGCUGCUCAUUUUAUUUU